AUGUCUGAAAAUGAACUCGCCAAAAUUCUUGACAAACAUUGCCUUGAGCGGCACAAUUUCCCGGAAUGGUUUCGAAAUCUCGAGAUCGUUUUGAUCAAUGAGAAAAUUGCAUAUGUGCUUGAUAAGCUGUUCCCUCAUCAACCUCUUGGUAAUAAUGUCACUGAGGAGGAAUGUGCUCAAUAUGUUAAGCACAUACAAGACGACACACAAGCUAAAUGCUACAUCCUUACUUCCAUGAACUCUGAGCUUCAGAAGCAACAUGAGCACAUGGAUGUUGCAAUUGAUAUCAUAGUUCAUCUGCAAGAGCUGUAUGGUGAGGGUACUUGUAACAGACGGUUUAGUGUUGUCUGUGAGCUUGUGAAGACCAAGAUGGUCAAGUCCACCAACAUGGGCUGA